AUGUCCGAGUCUUGUGGAAACCCCUCCAGCCAAACGGAUGCUUUAAUGGAUCGAAGGCCCAAGUUUGAUAGAAACAAGCUCUGCAUCAAGUGCAAAACCAACACAGGAAACGUUGUCAUCCGCCAUGCUGUUUAUUGCAAAGAAUGCUUUCCUUCGAUGGUGGUCGUCAAAGUCAAACGAUCGCUAGAUCCAUACAUCAAUGCAACAUCCGAUGUUCCUCGUCGAAAGGCGCUCAGAGCGUCAGGGAACUUGCUCAUUGCGUUCUCUGGAGGCCUGGGCUCUACCGUCGCCUUGGAUCUGAUUUCGAAGAUAUACUUUCCCGACGCACAAAACAAACUUAAUGGAGAGCAUCCUAGAGGUGGAAAGUCGCAUCCUCGUAAUAAACGGGUCUGGGAUAAGGGAACGGCGUGUUACGUAGAGAUAUGCAAUGCGUUUCCUGGUAUGGAAGACAAAACAGCUGAAAUUCGCGACGUGGUGGAGAGUUAUCGAUACCUCGAAUUCACCCCCCUUCGGCUAGAAGAUGCCUUUGACAAGCAGUGGUGGAAGAAAGUGGGCGGUAAUCCAGGUAGAGAUAUUGGUAUAGACCUCAACAAUGAAGAGCUUCUAAUCUCUGAGCUUUCAAGUGAAGACUCUAAUCCGGUUCAACGACUCCGUUCCUAUAUAUCCGCCCUUCCCACUCUCACUGCUGUACACAGCGCGAUACAGAACCUCAUAAGACUUCUGUUGUUGCAUACGGCACGGGUAUCUGAAUCAUCCCAUUUGUUACUCGGCACAAACUUGACCUCCCUUUCGAUAUCCUUGAUUUCAUCGAUAUCUCAGGGCGGUGGGUUCGCCGUCAAGGAAGAGUCGUUUGAGGAAUGGUCGACAGGUUGGACAAAGGACGGUGCGUCAACGCCUGCAGUUAUUCGCGUGAAUCGACCUCUUCAAGACGUCACGUUGAAGGAAUGUGCUGUCUGGGUUUGGUGGAAUAAUUUGAGAGUAGUUGGACGUGACAGAUCCCUUGGCGGGAGGCAGGGUAUCGGCGCCCUGACCAGAGAUUUCAUCGUUGGACUAGAGCGAGAUUAUCCAUCGACAGUAUCUGCGAUUGCUCGAACGUGUUCAAAGCUAGCACCCAAAUUCCUUGCCGACGGAACUUGUGCAUUAUGUCAACGGCCUCUGCAACGCGGUAUCCAGGAGUGGAAGGCGCGAAUCUCGAUUAGAACAAUCGCAGACGAUCAGGAGCCCUCUAGGAACACUUCAGCCGAGACGUCUUUGGCACCAUAUCUAUGCUAUGCUUGUCACACGACAUUGACCAGUCGAAGCAGUCGCAGCGCCCCUACAUCGACAUCUACUUUUCCUCUUCCUCUCUGGGUCCAUUCGCAUCUUCGCCCUGGCUGUGACGCGCAGAUCGACGGAAACGGUCGAGAUGAAGUUGGGAUGAAUUCACUUGCUAAUGAUUCUGAAGCUUGGGAACGGCGAAAGGUGGAUCGUGAAGGGAUGAAGAGUGCCAUAUCAGACUUUCUGCUUGAAUAA